AUGGAGAAGAAAAUUAGAGAAGAAAAAAAUUUAAUUUUGUCAGUUAGAAAUUAAGGAUUCUGUAAAAUUAAUUAAAAUAUGCAAAAAUACUACGUAUAAUUUUACACCAAAACAGCAGCACAGCAAAACAUUAUAAAUUUGUAAGAUAUUUAUGAGAAAAUUAUUAUUUUAACAUAAUUUAAUAAAUAAUCUACCAUAUCAAAAUUUGAAAUGUUGUAAUCAAAAAGUAAAGCUGAUACAAAUUAUAUUGAUACAGUCUCGAAUAUGAUGAAACUUAUUAAUGAUAAUUUAGCAUUUUAGUAAAUAGAUAACAUCAAAGAAUUCGAAGAUAAUUUAGAAACUAUUUAAGAUAAACGAGAAUUAAUUAGCAUUGAAUCUAUAAUUCAAAUACUUAUUGGAUCUGAAAAAGAUCAAGAUAAAAAGAACUACUUACUUAAGAUUAUCUUUAAGAUAUAAACAAAAAUUUUAGAAUAAAAUUAAAGUUUAGAUGCUUUUAUUAAUGAAUUAAUUGAUAAAAAUAAUUAAGGAAUUGGAAUAUCUUUUUUGAAUAAUGAUGGAAGUUUUGGUAUAUAUUAUUAUAAUGACUUUAGUAAUUACAGAUUAAAAGACUAAAGAACUCUUAGAAAUAUCAAAAGCAGUUAAUGAUACUAAACAUUUAUUAUAAUUUUGUUCUUAAGCUGGAUAAAAAACACUAUUUAAGUAAUUUAGAAAUUAAUCAAUUUUACUUGAUGAAGAUGAAUUAUCUAAAGAAUUUUUUAUGACAAUAUAUUCUGAAAGAAUGAGAAGAAAGGCAUUAAAACAUUUAGCUGCAAAAGGUAAUGAAAAAUUAAAGGAAUUUUAAUAUAAUAAUUAUUAAAAUUAACCUAAGAAAAAUAAGAAAACAAUCAAAUUAGAUAAUAAAUUGAAUUAACAUGAGAUAAUUAAAAUCAAGUAUCUUAAAACUGUAUAAAUAAAAUUAACAAAAAUGACAAUAAAUGUUAAUUAAGAAUUUUAGUAAUCAAUUUAAGAAAGUAAAGUAUUAUAAGGUAGUUCGAAUUUAUCUUAUAUGGCAGAAAAUUCAUAAUAAUAUUUCAAAGUAGUAAAAUGUGAAAUUAUAGCAUGUCAAGAAAUUGAAGAUAUUUAAUCUGAAGAAAUAUUUAAAGAUCAUAAAUUAAAAGAAUAUGAAAGUAUAAUAUAAAAUUUAAUUUUUAGGGAAAUGGUAAGAAAAGUGUAAGAAAAUUAAAGAUUAACUUAGAUCUAUGCAAUUCGGAAUAGAAAUUCAUAGCUAAGAUUAAAGUAUGAUUUAUUUUAGUGAACCUGAAUAUGAAUUAAGUAAUAUUAAGAUUUGAUUCACUACUCGAAAAUUUUCUGAUUUAAAAACUAUAUUAAAUUUAAUUUAAAAAAUAAAUAAUAAUUCUUUCUUAUUCAAUGUUUUUACAUAGAUUAAAAAAAAGAUUAAUAGAAGUAGGAGAAUAAAAAUUUUUAGAGAAAUUAGAAGCAGAAUAUAAAGAGAAAUAAUAAAGUAAAAGAAAAUUAAAGGAUAAAAAAAUAAAAACUCUUGAUCAAUAAUUCACAAGAGUAGCUUUCAAAUUAGCUUAUGUGGGAAUAAAUUAUCAUGGUUUGGAAUCAUAAAUAAAUUAAAAAGAUACUAUUGAAAGUCAUCUAUUUAAGGCACUAUAAAGAGUUCGGAUGAUUGAUAAUCGAGAUGAUUGCAAUUACACAAGAGCAGGUAGGACUGAUAAAGGUGUUAGUGCAAUAGGAAAUGUAAUUGCUUUAAAUGUUAGAAAAAUAGGAAAAUCUGAUAAGCUUUAUGGAUAAAUUUUGAAUAGAGUCUUACCAGAAGAUAUUCAGAUUUUAGAUGAAUGUAUUGUAGAUGAAAAAUUUAAUGCACGUUAUGAUUGUACAAAAAGAAUAUAUAAAUAUUACUUUUACAAAAUGGAUUACAACAUUGAAUAAAUGUCAGAGGCUAUGUAAUUAUUUCUAGGAGAACAUGACUUUAGAAAUUUUUGUAAAUUAGAUGUUAUCGCAAAUUAAAAUUUUGUAAGAACAAUCAUGAAUAUUACAAUGGAAGAAGUAUUUCCAGAUAAUGCUCCUAGAAAUAGCUCAUUAUUUAAAGAUGAUGAUAGAUUAAGUUUAUAUUGUGUAACUAUAGAAGGUAAUGCAUUUUUAUGGCAUUAAAUCAGAUACAUGAUGGCUGUGCUCUUUUUAAUAGGUAAAGGAAUUGAAAAGUCUAGUGUGAUAACUGAAUUAUUUACUAAAUUUGAUGGUAAACCAAAUUAUCAAAUGGCCCCUGAUUAUCCUUUAGUGUUAUAUAAUUGUGAAUUCAAAUAAGAAUUAUGGAAACCCAAUUUAGAUACUCAUACAGAAUUUACAUAAGGAAUAUAUGAAAAUUUAAGAGAGACUCUUUCAAAGAAAUAUAUUGAAUAUUUGCAUUAUUAUUCAAUGGGUGCUUCUUUACUUAAGGUUCCUGUACCAUAAUCUAAAAUUUAAACUGAUGAAAAAAAAUCACUCAUAAUUUAGAAAUCAGGAGUUACUGUUGAAGGAGCUGUAUAAAAUUUAAAAGGGAAAAGAAAAGAAAAAUAUGAUAUCAAAAUACAAAAGGUAAAGGAAUAUUAAGAAAGAUGUUUAUAAAAAAAUAAAUCAGAAGUAAUUGAAAAUUAAUGA